CUAAUCGUGAGCAAAGAUGAAGUUCCAACUCGUCGUGGUUGCGUUCGCCCUUGUGGCAGCGGUGAACUGUGAAUUGUCCUUAAACAUCGGGAAAGAAGUGGAAGCUGGUCCGCUUAAAGGCGGUAUAGGAGCCGGUAUCGAACUCGGGGUGGAUAAGUCCAGGGAAUGGGGUCGGAGACACCAUGGCAGGGACAGUUCAGGAAGCUCCGAGGAAUGGGGUCAGGGACUAGUUGGCAGAAAAUGUUGGAAAAGCUCCGAGGAAGGGGGUCGGAGAGAAGUCAUUGGUAAAAACCUUCCGGACAUAGACCUUCUGGGCAAAACCCUUCUGGACAUAGACCUUCUGGGCAAAAACCUUCUGGAAAAAAAACUUCUGGACGUAGACCUUCUGGGCAAAGACCUUCUGGAAAAAAAACUUCUGGACAUAGACCUUCUGGGCAAGGACCUUCUGGGAAAAAAACUUCUGGACGUAGACCUUCUGGGCAAAGACCUUCUGGGCAAAGAACUUCCGGACAUAGACCUUCUGGGUCUAGGAGGACUCCUCGGUAACGAUUAUGACGACAGCUCCGAGGAAUGGGGUGUAGAACUGCUUGGUAACAAACUUCUGGGAGGAGGCUCCGGUGGAUUAUUGGAUCUGGGACUCCUUGGCGAGGAUGGUCUGGGAAAGCUUGCCAAACUGAACAUCGACAAUCUCGGCAAAGAAGGUAUAUUGCGUCUAGGCCUGUUGGGUAUUGCAGACAUUGGAAAGAAAGAUCUGUCAGGCCUGGGCAAGCUCGGUCUGGGCGACUUCGGCAAGAGAGGUUUGGAACACCUUGCCAAAUGGGGUCUGGGAGAGAUUAGCAAGAAAAGUAUCCAGAAACUCGGCCAAGUUGGUUUGGAGGAGCUCGGCAAAAAGGCUUUGAAACACCUCGCCAUACUCGCUUUGGAAGAAGUGAGCAAAAAGAAGCUGGAGCUAAUUAAUGACUUCGAUCUGUGGGACAUUGGCAAGCUAGGUCUGGAAAACCUUGACGUUUUCGGUCUGGGCGAACUUGGCAGGAAGAAUAUCCACAAGUUCGACAAAAGCGGUCUGGAGGAGAUUGGCAAAAAAACUAUUCAACAUUUGGGUAUAGUCGGUCUGAAGGAUCUUCGCAAACGGGGUGACGUGGAUUUUGAUGACCUCAGCGCUGAGGAGAUUGCAAAGAAAGGUCUGGAAAAUCUUGCCACACUUGGUCUGAAAAAGUUCAGUAAAAUGGGUUUGCAGAAGCUCGGCAAGAAGGAUCUAGAAGAGCUUGGCAAGAAGGGUUGGCGCCAUCUUCGCAAACACGGCGCUGAACACUCUUGGGGCCUGUUGGGCCGACAUGGUCUUGGAAAACGCAGCAUAAUUGAAAUCGAGAAAUCUGGACGACACGGAAAGGACAAUGAAGGUCACCAUGGAAAGGGCAACCAAGGUCACCAUGAACAUAGCAACGAAGGUCACCAUGGAAAUGGCAACGAAGGUCACCAUGGAAAGGGCAAUCAAGGUCACCAUGGAAAGGGCAAGCAAGGUCAUCAUGGAAAGGGCAAGCAAGGUCAUCAUGGAAAGGGCAAUCAAGGUCACCAUGGACAUGGCAACCAAGGUCAUCAUGGACACGGUAACCCAGAUGUGCCAGUAUAAUGGUCAACGGUUCUCUCGUAUCCCUAAACGGUCAGUGGACGUAGAUGUUGCUCCACACUGACAACGAAUCAACGCUUAUAAUGGAAAUAUUAUUUUUAGCUUCGUAGUAAUAAUUCUGGGCUAGUAUUUUAAAAAUAAAUUAUCACUUAUUGUGCAAAGAAAUAAAGUAUAUUUGUAUAUUGAAAA